AUGGUCUUGGAUGUGAUUACUCGUAAUAUUCAGGCUCCUAUACCUCGGUGUAUGCUUUUUGCCGAUGAUAUUGUAUUAAUCGCUGAGUCUCGGAACGAUUUUAAUAUAAACCUAGAACGGUGGCGUACAUCGCUGGAGGGUUAUGAAUUGCGUCUGUGCCAUUCUAAAACUGAGUACCUAUGUGCCAAUUUCAGUGAGGAGGCUCAUGAGGAGGAGGUAGCUGUAUGUAUCGGGGAGGCCCGUGUACCACAAACUAAUACAUUUAAAUACUUGGGUUCUAUCAUUCAGAAUAAUGGUGAUAUUUCAGCGGAUGUGACUCAUCGUAUUUUGACGGGAUGGCUUCGUUGGAGGGCUGCUACUGGUGUGUUGUGUGAUGGAAGUGUACCUUUGAAGUUGAAGGGUAAAUUUUAUCGAGUGGCAAUCAGACCGUCAUUACUAUAUGGUUCUGAGUGUUGGCCAUUGAGAAAGGCUCAGGAACGUCGACUAGAGGCAGCAGAAUUGCGUAUGUUGCGUUGGAAUUGUGGUAACACUAUGACAGAUCAUAUAUCGAAUGUUAUUUUUCGACGCCUUUUAGGGGUUGAGUCUAUCUCUAAAAAAAUAAAGUAG